AGCCGGAAGCCCGAGAAGUCGUUGUUUCGAAUAGGCGCCCGCCCCUGCGGGGGCGGAGAGACGGUCCCUGGGGCCGGCGGAGACUGACCUUCCCGCGGGGACCCGACGACGGCCGCCCCUGACCAUUCGCGCGACACAGCCCAGUGCGACGCAUGGUCUUGGGCCGGGCGCCAUGGACGCUUUCAUCCGCUUCACCAACCAGACCCAAGGCCGGGACCGGCUCUUCAGAGCCACUCAGUACACAUGCAUGUUGCUUAGAUAUUUGUUAGAGCCUAAAGCUGACAAAGAGAAGGUGGUAAUGAAGCUCAAGAAACUGGAGGCCAGUGUGAGCACUGGCCGUAAAUGGUUCAGAGUAGGCAAUGUGGUGCAUGCUCUACAGGCGACUCGAGAGAGCAUUCAUGCCACUGACCUGGUGCCCCGCUUCUGCCUAACACUAGCCAGCCUGAACCGCGUGGGUUAUUUCAUCUGUGACACCAUCCUCUUUGUGAAGAGCAUAGGGAUCACCUCUGGCAUAAACAAAGAGACAUGGCAAGUGUGGGCUGCUCGCUAUUACUGCUCCUCCCUUCUGCUGAGCCUGGUCAGGGAUCUGUAUGAAAUCUCCCUGCAGAUGGAGCAGGUUGCCCACGACAGGGCAAAGAGGGAGAAAUCACCCACCCAGGAUCCUUUUGGGUACAGCGUGGCUGAUGAGGAAACCGAAUGGCUCCAGUCCUUUCUCCUUCUCUUAUUCCGGUCUCUGAAGAAGCAUCCUCCCUUGCUCCUGGACACAGUGAAGAACUUCUGUGAUAUCCUGAACCCUUUGGACCAGUUGGGGAUCUAUAAGUCCAAUGCUGGCAUCAUAGGCCUUGGAGGUCUUGUGUCCUCUCUAGCAGGCAUCAUCACCCUGGCGUAUCCUCAGAUGAAGCUGAAGAUCCACUGAGGUGGUUUCAGGCUGAAGACUGGUAUCUGCUUUUUAAAGACAACCUGUUAGUGGAAUGCACAUUUGCAUUAAGGCACAGUCAUGUCAUACUGUGUUUAAGGACUUACUCACAUGACCAGUUUGUGACCUGUGAUGUGACCAGAGGUGAAGCCAAGAAUGGUGGAGGGGAGAGCAUGAUUUAUAUGUGUUCUAGAGUGCUGGAGUGACGUCUGAACUUCUGAGUAUUUUUCCUUCAUCUAACGUUUAUUGAGCAUCUCUUAUGUGCAUAGGAGGAACUUAGUAGUUGCUGAAUAAAUAAAAAUUGAAAGAGAAAAAUUGAAAAAGAUUCAACCUAACAAGUGGACCCUAAUAUGCAGUGACUUUGGGGCCAUGUACCCGCCUACUUUUGCAUAGCUACACUAGAUGUGAUGCACAGUCCUCUCUCAGAUCUAGUAGCGGCCCCUUAUUCUCUGGUGGUUUACCCCCCCUUCCUCCAUAGCUGCCAGUGCCAGGAUGGAGGAGAGCUGAGCUUAUAGCCUCUUAACUUGUUGGCUUUUACAUCACUGUAUUCCUGUCCUUCCUGUAUCCAGAAGUCAAAUCAAAUGCAUCAGGCACCUUCAUGGUAUAAAUUGAUCCUUAGGUAACACAGUGAAAAAACAAAAAAUUGGAAGCAGAUAAAAAUGACUUGAGGUCAAAAUAAAAUGGAAAGUCACAGUUGGUGCCUGUGACAGAUGAGGAGGCAGAGGUUAAAACUGAGGGCAGAACCUCACUUCUCUGACUCCCAAUCCAGUGCUCUUUCCCCCAUAUACUGCCUUCCCGAUUGAGUGGAUGUAUGAGACUCUCCAGAAUCCUGUGCAAAAAGCCUUUUUUAGACCCUUUGUUGGUGAGUGGUUUAUAUUCUAUUCUACAAAAAUUAAAACUAGAUCUAGAUCCAUCAACUGGAUUGUUCAGUUUAAGCCCUAUAACAGUUUGGGCACUUCUACAUUCAUUUUCAUCAAAAUUGUACAAUUAAGUAACUUCACGGGAGUUCCCAUCAUGGUUCAGCAGUACAGAACCAGACUAGCAUCCAUGAGGACGCAGGUUUGAUCCCUGGACCUGCUCAGUGGGUUAAGGAUCCAGCAUUGCCGUGAGCUGUGGUGUAGGUCACAGACGCAGCUCGGACCUGGCGUGGCUGUGGCUGUGGUGUAGGCCGGCAUCUGUAGCUCCGAUUCGCCUCUAGCCUGGGAAAUUCCAUAUGCCACAGGUACGGCCAUAAAAAGCAAAAAACAAGAAACACAACUUCAAGAAGACUACAAAAGUAGGAGGGUGGUAAUGUUCUAUGACAAAUCAGAUUUCAUGUCUGUAGGGUGGUUGGGGAGGCAGGAAGGAGCAAGGAGGGGCUCGUGAAGGGGACAGUAGAAUACUGAGUCAGUGCCACUUAUGUUCCUCCUUUCUGUCUUGGGUUUUGGGGUCUUAUUUCUGAUUGCAGAUCCUCUUAAUUUGAGGCAAGUGAGAGAAAGAAAUAGGGUACCAUCAGGUAAGGGAUCAGUGUCAGUCCUACCAGUAAAGCCGUCACAUUUAUCUGAAUGGAAAUGAGAAAAGAAAUGUGCACUGAAUAAAUUUCCCAUGAAUGUGAUAGAGAUUCUUACAAAAAAAAAAAUUGUAAUUGAGAUUCUUAAAAAGUAGACUCAGGUCCUUGGAUCUCUAUUUUUCAAGUGACCACUCAAGGUAAUGGGAUUUGAGAAAGAACAUUUGGGGAAUUUUAAGAGAAAUGAAAGCUGCUAGCAAAGCCCUGGCAAAUGAAAAAUUUAACUGUUUUUACUUUGUCCAGAUCUUCUAUUGUAAUAAAUUAACAAUGUCUAAUAAACUUGUAGACAGAA